AUGGGGACAUCGCUGUCCGACGGUAUUAACGGCGUGGAACUAGCCGAAAAUUUUUUUACACGCACCUUCUGCGACUUGUGCAGGGGCUCCGUCUCGGAUGGAGUUGGCAGCGGCCACGAGCUGCAAAUCGUCCGCACCAGUGACGAGUGCAUCGAACUUGACGAGAGUGCGUUGAAGCGCCUCCUGCUGGAUGAACGUGUCAAGGACAAGCCCGUGGCGGUUGUAUCUGUGGCCGGCGCCUUUCGCACGGGCAAGUCAUUCCUGCUGGGAUUCUUUCUCCGGUACUUACAGAAUUCGAAUCGAAGCUCCUGGCUUGGAGAUGAGAAUUCCCCUCUGCGAGGCUUCAAGUGGCGCGAUGGAUGCGAACGGCACACAACGGGCAUUCUGGUGUGGAACGAAGUGUUUCUGGUCAAGACAUCUCAAGGCCAGGAGAUCGCUGUGCUCUUGAUGGACACACAAGGAAUGCACGACGAUCACUCGACAAUCAAGGAAUCGGCCACCAUCUUCGCCCUGAGCACCAUGAUGAGCUCGGUGCUGGUCUACAACCUCUCUCAAAACAUUCAAGAAAGCGACCUGCAAUAUUUACAGCUCUUUGCCGACUACGGCCGGCUUGCGCAGCAGCAAAGGGCCGGCAAGCCUUUCCAAAAGCUACUAUUUUUGGUGCGGGACUGGUAUCACCUAAGGGACGCAGAAUACGGCGUUGACGGUGGGCGGGAGAUCCUGAAGCGACGUCUGCAGAUAUCGGAGCACCAGCCCAAGCAGCUUCAGGAGCUGAGGCAGUACAUCGACUCGAGUUUCACCGAGAUGGACUGCUUCCUGUUGCCGCAUCCUGGCACAAAGGUGGCGACGGGUACAUCGUUUGAUGGGCGCCUUUCGGAAAUCGACGAGGACUUCAAGAAACAACUGCAGGACUUGGUUCCUUCACUGCUAGCUCCGGACAACCUGACCGUCAAGAAGAUAAACGGCGAGGAACUCACCUGCGGAGAGUUUCACAUCUAUAUGAAAGCAUACGUCGACGUCUUCAAUGGAGGCGAACUUCCUGAGCCAAUGUCGGUGCUACAGGCGACUGCGAGAGCGAACAACUUAGCGGCGGUGUUCAAAGCACUGAAGCUGUACACGACAAGAAUGACCCAACGGUGCAAGGGAGAGAGGAUAAGCGCGAAAAGGCUCAGGGCCUACCACAACGAAGAGCGGGAAAACGCCCUCACGAGGUUCCAGAACAUCGCCAAGAUGGGAGGCGAUCUAUUCUCGCAGCCGUACUUGGAGAAGCUUAAACAGGAAAUCGACGAGUGGUUCCAGGACUUUGCGAGUCGAGUGGCGCUGAAAUCGUGCCUGGAGUCGAAUCGUUGCAAGAAGACGCAGCUUGGUGGUGCAAUGAUCAUGACAGUCGGCGCAGGAGUUUCCCUGGCGGCUGGGGCCCACGUUGCAGUUCCCGUCGUUCUCGUGUGCGGGGUUCUUGGACUACUGCUAAGCCUCGCGGUGACCGGAUUCAAAGGCUGCACGAGUGAUCCGAAAGAGGAGAGCCGCGAGAUGAAUGAAAGGGUUUGCCUAGUGGAAGUCCACGACGAGUUGCUUGACGGACGUCAGAAAAGUCCCGCUGAGGCGACCGGGAACCUAAGGAGAAGGCAAGCCGCGGCUGCAGCCAGCGACAUCCAUACGAUCGAUCUGGAGGUCGUCGAGCCGCCAGAAAACAACGCUGCAAAGCGGAAAGGCAAAAAGAAGAACUUCCUCAAGCGUUUCUUCACCAAGAAGCGCAGGAAUUCGCGCGGACCAACUGAACUCGACCGGCUGAAGCGAUGCUGAACCAUGCUACAGUCGGUUACAGACUAAGAAUCAAUGUGCGUUCCGCCCACGGCCGUCGCUGCCCCACCCAGACAGAAUUUGCAUAAAUGUCUAAUCGAGCUGCAAUUGCUUAUCCACGUGAUGUGAAGCACCUCGUGUAUUUUAGGUAGGUGACAUUCCCAUACUGGCACAAGUUGGUGUCUCUAGUCUUCGGUCGAAAACUUGAAAUUCCUGGCAAAGGUUCCGACUUCACUGCUGCAACCAAACGUAAUAUUUUACCGAGGGACAACGAACAUUUCCUUCAUAAUAUGCGUAUUCACAUUAGCGGCGAAAAUGUUACUUAUGGUAAGAACGGAAACCACCAUUGCAAGCACGACUCCCUUGCGCCGAUGAUUGAUGGGCGCGCCGCAGUACUGGGGACGGAGCUCGCAUAUAUUCUCAGGUUGUAACCGACCAAUAGACUUGGUGUGAAGAUGAGUGCGCGUGCUGUUUUGAAUCAACGAGAAGACCGAAACAAUAUUCAUCGUUAGUGCCAUCAGACUCUACAAUACCCAGUACUCUACAUGGAACUGCAUCUCUGUGUGCCUUGAACGAUUGAAUUUUUUUUUACCCAAUUUUCCGUCACCACAAUAUUCGUAUUGUUUUGUUUUAUUUUGUCCUACUGCAGUUUCUGAGCAGCCAGACAGACUCAGCGACUAAUUACAGUUCUGUUGUGCCCCUUUUCUCUUUCUUGUCUCUUUGUAGCACAUAUCCUUUUACCACCAGUGUUGGGUAGCGAAUCGGACACUCGUUCGGUUGACUUCACUAGCUUUCGACCCCUUUGCUUUCUUUCUCUCUGUCUCUCUCUCUUGUGUUGUUGCUAUUUAUCAUAAAUAUAUGGCCCAAGCCAAUGUUCCUUCAACGCAGCGUGUUUCAUUGACGAUGUACCUGAUUGUAUAAUAAGUAAAUAAAUAAGUAAAUAAGUA